GCAACGCACCACACUGAAAUGGCGUACGAUUUUAGAAUAUUUUGGUGUUCGUCUCUCUAAACUUUUCUCCGUUACCCGAGAGAUCCCGUAUCGAUCGACUGUUUUGGCGUGACCAGGACACCCAGUGAUCCGUAAAGAGUGCUCGUCUGCAGUUUCCACGCUUGUUUCUUCUUAUAAUUUGCUAGGCAAUCCAGCGAACGACAAGAGACCGUCGGGUACAACAAGUUCACCGCUCCGAGUUGAACACAAAACUGGGAGUAUAACUUGUGCGAGGCUUGACAUCCCGUUGAAAACACGUAACACUGAUUCAGUAAAGCGAGUGGCCACUCUUUGCAGGUGUGGUUUUCUGGAAUCUGCCAGUCAAUAAAGCCUCUAUCUUUCACUGGUCCAGGAAUUAUUUGCACCGUGCUGACCUGGAAUAUAGAAAAAGUGAAAAAAUGAUGGAGAAUGAAUCAACAGUACAGUCCAUCCCCACGGCGACGGAUCUAGAUCUGGAUAGGCCGCUGCACAGUUCCACUUUUGAGAUGCAGGAUGUGGCAAACUUAAACCAGAAUAUGAAUGGCCUAGACAUGGAGCAUCUGCUUAUGACUAAAAUAAAAAGAGCAAGACACGAGAGUGAGGCAGUUUCAGAUAAUCAUAGCAGUGGAGUUACAAGGUCUAUGGAAAUUCAGUCUCCCCAUAGCGGGAACGGAAAUUCACCAAUACAACGAGAAAACACAGAUAAUACGUCAUGCAUCAAUGGCACUGAAGGUAACAGGGGUCCUAUGUCAACCUCCGAAGAUAAUUCAAUACUUAGCAAUCCUGACGCCUGGGCCUCAGUACAGACCACUGCUUCAAUAAAAACAGAACCAAUAGUGAAUGAUACAGUGUCAACUGACACUAACUACAGUGGGUCUAAUACCACGAUAGAGAUUUAUUCAGGGUCUGGCAGUCAAAACACGCAACAGGAUAUGAGUUACUCCAGACACUCCAAAUCAGAAUAUUCGUCACAAUAUUUUCCAAGCCAUUCCUACCCCCAUAUAAUCCCGACUCCGUCGGCGCAAGGUAGUAAUACGCUGAACUACCAGACAACUCAGAACCAGGGAACGGCGGCAUACAUGCCAGCCAACACAACAACUUAUCCUUAUGCAACGGGGCAAACAACAGGACAGGCAGCGUCGUACGGGCUGACACAGCCAGGGCCCUAUGGAGCACCGGGUAGAGGCACCAUGGCAAUAAAGAAUAACACAUUAACACACCAAGGGCAAAGUAAUUAUCUGCCGUCCUAUACCCAAAGUGGACAAAAUGCUCUGUAUCAAGUGCAAGGCAGUAGUUACACAACAAGUGGAUACACUUAUCCCACGGCAACAAAUUCAAGUACUCCCACUGCGCACUCGUAUAAUACAACGCCGCAAGUUGGAUCGGUGAGUGAAUCAAACGGUGUGGACUAUGGUACAGCGUAUGGAACAGCCUAUACCCAGCCUGGCUACCAAUACUACAGCUCACAAGGAUACAGUCCAUACAUGCCAGGUAACAGUACCGCUCUCAAUAAUACAGGAACAGUAUUGCCGGCAACAACGACAACAUAUCAACUCGCUCCUUUGCCAAAUGAAGUUGAUCCUCAAAUGGCCACGAUUCCAGCUGAUACUAUCGUCAAGUCAGAAGAAAAUGGGAGGGCGUCGAGGAAUCGAGGUGGAAAUAAUCGAAGGCCUGCUGCGAGGGGAAGGCGGAACAAUCCUUCUCCCCCGCCGGAAAAUGAUUUAGAGAGAGUAUUUGUCUGGGAUUUAGAUGAAACUAUCAUCAUAUUCCAUUCACUCUUAACAGGGUCCUACGCAACACGGUUUGGAAAGGAUCCUCCAUCCUCAGUGUCACUAGGACUGAGAAUGGAAGAAAUGAUUUUUAAUUUAGCAGACACACAUCUUUUCUUCAAUGACUUAGAGGAAUGUGACCAAGUACAUAUUGAUGAUGUGGCGUCAGAUGACAAUGGCCAAGAUUUAAGUACAUAUAAUUUUGCCACAGAUGGUUUCCAUGCUGCGGCUACCAGUGCCAACCUUUGCUUAGCAACAGGAGUUAGAGGUGGAGUAGACUGGAUGAGAAAAUUAGCAUUCCGUUAUCGAAGGAUAAAAGAAAUCUAUAAUAGUUAUAAAAAUAAUGUAGGAGCUGUACUGGGCCCAGAGAAGAGGGAAACAUGGUUACAACUGAGAGCAGAGAUAGAAGCAUUGACAGAUUCAUGGCUUACGUUAGCUCUCAAAUCAUUAACACUUAUAAACUCCAGGUCAAAUUGUACAAAUGUGCUCGUAACCACCACACAACUCGUACCCGCUGUUGCCAAAGUAUUAUUGUAUGGUUUAGGAGGCGCCUUCCCAAUUGAGAACAUCUACAGUGCUACCAAGAUAGGAAAAGAAAGUUGUUUUGAGCGUAUUGUAUCUCGGUUUGGUAGAAAAGUUACAUAUGUGGCAAUUGGUGAUGGAAGGGACGAAGAACAGGCUGCCAAAAGUCUUGACAUUCCGUUUUGGAGGGUUUCCAGUCACUCAGACCUAGCAGCACUACAUCAUGCCUUGGACCUUACCUACCUCUGAUGACAGCGGAUAUUUAUUAUCAAAAUUGACUGUCUCAUAAAUGAUGUCAAAACUGGAAUCGUUGUAAACCUCUGCCUAGUACUGAACUCAAAUGUUUAUGAAAAACAUAAAUGUUGUCGAUUCUGGAGUAACUUCAUGGAGACGGUUGCGGGCAGCUAGGUGAAACGAAGUAACCAAACAUCGUUGUAAAUCGGAAUGAAAACACUGCCCUCCCUCCCUGUGUGCUACUUUUGGAGAUAACAAAACGCGUAUGGAACGUUUAUUACUGUUUUACCUCGAACAAGAAAACUCUUA